AUGACGCGCUCCGGCGCUGCGCUUCCCUGGUUCACCUCCCUCCUGUGUCUCCUCUUCCUCCUACCUGUCUCCUCCUCCUCUCGACCUCGUUGGGUUCUCCAGCGUGUCCCUGUGGUCCUGCCGCAGCAGACGGAGGCUCAACCCGCCCCGCGGUUCCUGCACCCGGCGCGCCUGGACGUCGCCUCCCCCUGCGACCCGGAGUGCCAUAAAAAGGCCGCUCGCCCAAGCUACUGGGACCUGCAGCAUUUUUUAGCCUACGAGACCCUCCAUUCUGACGGUCAGCUCACAGAAACCGCCAUCGGGAUCUACGGGUACAAUCCCAGUUUGAACCGCAGUCCAGCGUACGGGCCUUCUGGUGAGACUGGGUCGUCACGUAGCCGAAGGAAACGACAGAUCUUUGGCCACGAUGGACGUUUCAGCAUUGCAGGACAAGACUUCCUGCUGAAGUAUCCGUUUUCAGUGGCCGUCAAACUGUCCACCGGGUGUUCCGGGACCCUGGUGGGGGACCGCCAUGUCCUCACGGCGGCUCAUUGUGUUCACGAUGGGAAGAAUUAUGUGAAAGGAGCCCAGAAGCUCAGGGUUGGCUUCCUAAAACCCAAACGAGACACACAACAUUCACCCGUUUACCUCCCGUCUAACAUCACCAAACACUUGGACCCGGUUCCCUAUGCCCCGCCCACCGAUGACAGAAUGAAGUUCCAAUGGAUCAGAGCCAAGCGCACCCAUGUUCCCAAAGGUUGGAUCAAAGGGAACGCCAACGACAUUGGGAUGGACUAUGACUACGCUUUGCUUGAGCUCAAGAAAGCUCACAAACGGCGCCACAUGAAGUUAGGUGUCAGCCCCGCGGUUCACAAGUUGCCCGGGCGGCGGGUCCACUUUUCAGGGUUCGAUAACGACCGUCCGGGGCGGCUGGUGUAUCGGUUCUGCCGGGCCGGCGAGGAGACGUCGGACUUGCUGUACCAGCACUGCGACGCCCAGCCGGGGGCCAGCGGUUCUGGAGUCUACGCCCGGAUGUGGAACGGGAGGCGGCGGAAGUGGGAGCGAAAGGUGAUUGGUGUGUUUUCAGGGCACCAGUGGGUGGAGCGACAGGGGGCGUCACAGGAGUUUAACGUGGCGGUGAGGAUCACGCCUCUGAAGUACGCACAGAUCUGCUACUGGAUCAGAGGGAACUUUGUGGACUGCAGAGAAGGCUGA